UUGUUGUCUCCUCUGCCACUCUGUCUGCUCCUCUCAUCCCGUCUGCUUGAAGUGUCAGAGAAGCUGCCGUGAGACGCUGCAACCAUGGCUGCUACUGGAUCUUUCCGUAUGGUGUCAGAGGAGGAGCAGGCCAUGAGGUCUAAGCUGGAGCAUUUGACAGUGAAGGAUCAUGGGCCGGUGUUUGGUCCGUGCCACAAACUGCCUGGACACACUGUGCAAAAGGCGAAGGAUGAGCUGACUGAGACGGAUGAGAGGCGAGCGUCGUCCCUGAAGGACCUGCGGACCAUGAUGAAGGAGAGAGCAGCGGAGGGAGACGACCUGGCCAAACUGGUGCUGGAGCACUUCGGAGACAAACCAGACUCUCUGAUGCUGCGCUUCCUCAGAGCUCGCAAGUUUGAAGUCGUCAGAGCCCACGAGCUCAUGAAGGGUUAUGUGCGCUUCAGGAAGGAGUAUCCCGAGCUGUUUGAGAACAUGACCCCGGAGGCCGUCCGCAGCACCAUCGAGGCGGGUUACCCCGUGGUUCUGCCCAGCAGGGACAAGUACGGCCGCGUUGUGCUGCUUUUCAACAUCGAGAACUGGGACCUGGAGGAGAUCACAUUCGAUGAGGUCUUAAGAGCGUACUGUGUGAUCCUGGAGAAGUUGCUGGAGAAUGAAGAAACCCAGAUCAAUGGCUUUGUCCUGAUUGAGAAUUUCAAGGGCUUCACCAUGCAGCACGCCUCAGGAAUAAAGCCGGCUGAGCUCAAGAAGAUGGUGGACAUGUUGCAGGACUCUUUCCCUGCCCGUUUCAAGGCGGUCCACGUUACGCACCAGCCCUGGUAUUUCACCACCACAUACAACGUGGUCAAACCCUUCAUGAAGAGCAAGCUGCUGGAGAGGGUCUUUGUCCACGGCGACGAGCUGAGCAACUACUUCAAAGAAUUCGAUGCAGACAUCCUGCCGGCAGAUUUUGAUGGGAAAGCCUCUGUUGCAGACUGCCAGGUCAUCGCCACCAGGCUUUUUGGCUCUGAAGACACUGCUCUCUGAAAGUAUGUCCAUUUCAAACCCAAGAGUUAUAGUGUCCUUCGCCCUAGAUGCUUCAGACCCGGUCUAUGUUGAAGCUAUGUUGACAUUUUGUAUUAUUAUUCAGGCCGUUGCUAAGAGCAAAAAGAAGUAUCUAGAGUUAUAGAUAGGAGCAGGGGACGGGUGGCAAAUGAUGAAAUAUAUGGUGAUAUACUAAAUGGGAAAGAAAAAGGAGGUUUAGAUGUUACAGGGAGAAUAAUUGGUGGUUAAUGUUUGUUACUUCACAGCGCUGACAUUCAUUGUUACUUUACAAGCAGAGGGAAACCGAGAGUAGAUAACGCGAGUCAGUCUGGUUUAGAAUUCUUGGCCUUAAAAUUCAAUUUCACAUCACAGAGCAGCCUUUUACCGGUUUAAUGAGAACACAGGUGUUUCAGUCUCAGGGGUUUAGAAAGAUAUGAAGAGGGAAAACGGAUUAUUGUUUUAGGAGCGAGAGCCUCCUGAUGCAGUGCCAUGGAAACAGUUCUUUGUCUCAACAGCCGUGUUUGAGUUGUGCCUCUUAUGUACCAUAAAGAUCCAUUCUGCAAUUUGCACUGGAUUGGGACAUUUUCAAUAAAAAUGUUUUUCUGUGUCUG